CUAUUCCCAUUAGUUCCCUGUGAUAGAGAUAUAUAUUUACCAUUAUGUUGUCUUUAAAUAGUCAAUGACUGAAUGAAUGAAAAAUUGCCAUUGCUCACACCCCAGUAGUGUUUAUGACAAGUAGCCGCAGGAGCAGAAUUUUUGGAAGAUAUAUUCAAACGUUUAUCUUUUGAAUUUAAAUUUCUUAUGUGUUUCUGAGGACCUAAGUGUUAUUCCUUCGUUUUUGCUGAAUGGAUUGAAUUCUUACAUCUGGUGUUGCUUCUAGGCGUUUUUUUCCCCCACUAAUUAGUGGAUUUAGGUCCAUGUUAAAAAAAUAAAUUCAUUAAAAGAAAACUGAGAUGCAGAUAGAAGUUGCCUUUGUCCCAUGGGAAGGGAGUUUUAAGUGCAGAAGCGGAUUUUUGGUUGGAACUUCUUUAUGAGAGGUGGGCAGAAGGAGGUCGAGGGCAGAUAGGGUAAAAGUUAGAAGAAGAAUGAAACGGUGUGUGAGCGAGGAGUGCUCUAAGCGAGGAGCAAUGAAUAACAGCCUCAGUGAAGUAUAGACAAGGACGAGUUAUUAGUGAGCGGCAAUUGGAAAAGAGCUCUGGCAUACCAAUAUUAGCAGGGUGCAUGGAAUGUUAACAUAUGAGAAUUCACAUACAAGCCACAAAAAGACAGACAGGAAAACCUGACAGAUGAUCCUCAUACGUUUUCACAGUGGCACAGAAGCUGGUUGGGAGAGGGAUCUGUGAGAGGCAGGGAUGGGGUUUGGAAGAAAAUCCUCAUCAAUGUCAUUUUUAGCCUAUAUGGUUCCACUGGAAUGACCAGCCUUCAUUUCCGAGCACCAGCCACAAACCAAGAGACCAAAGGGGAUGCGAGAUUCUGUUUUUUUUCUUUUUUAUUAACCUGUCUGGCUCAGACAGGGCUCACUUUUUUUCCCCUGGAGGUGGGAGUUAAAGAAAAUGAUCACUGCAUUCUGUCUUCCCCUUAAUUCCAGUGGCGGGUGCAACGUGGGCACUUCACAGCCCAGCUAGAAUAUAUAUUGGCCCUACCUAUGCGCCAGGCACUUCCCCCAGCACGGAUUUUAAGAGUAUAUUAAAAUGUUAUGAGUGAUGGGCACAACUCUACAACAUCGUCCAACUGAUCUCGACUUUCAAAUCAUUCACCGCAAGUAGAACCUUCCCCCUAUGCAUCACAACUUGGCCUAAGAACAUGGAAUUAUUGCACGAGGCUUAUUUGGAGCAUCACUCCAGAAAUGUAUCCAAUGAUUCCAUCCCGGCAGCUCCAUCAGAUGUCUCCAUGGAUAACCUAAUUGCAACGUCUGCCAUUGGAAUCCUCUUAUCCUUAAUGUGUGUUGGUGGUGUCAUAGGCAACUUUUAUACAUUAGUGGUCAUGUGCCUCUCCAUGACGACAUUUACCUCCAUGUACAUCCACAUUGUUAAUUUAGCCCUGGCCGACCUCCUUUAUCUCUCCACCAUCCCGUUUAUUGUGCAUAAUAGCUUUGUGAAAGACUGGUACUUUGGAGAAGUUGGAUGCAGGGUACUCUUGAGCUUGGAUCUUCUGACUAUGCACGCCAGCAUUUUCAUAUUAACAGUGAUGAGCACAGAGAGAUACAUUGCCAUUGCAAAACCCUUUGACACUGUUAGAAGAUCCAGGGGCUACAGGAAAAGCCUGGCCUGUGCAAUUUGGGUGCUGUCUUUUCUUUUGACUCUUCCCAUGAUGCUAAUGAUACAUCAAGAAGAAAGGACACUGGAGUCUGGGAGCAUCAGGAAGCUAUGUACACCAAUCUGGAGUGAUGAUCAGUAUAAGGUUUAUCUCACUGUGUUGUUCACUACCAGCAUUCUUGCCCCUGGCUUAAUUAUCGGCUACUUGUACACAAAGCUAGCCAGGGCUUACUGGAUCUCCCAAACCAAAAGCCUUCUUAAUAAGGAAGUACAGAGAUCUCCCAAGCAAAGAGUCAUACUAAUGAUAUUUGUCAUUGUGCUUGCGUUUUGGGCUUGUUUUUUACCUUUCUGGCUUUGGCAGCUGUUGCCCCUUUACAGCCACGAAGUUUUGAGAAUCUCAGUUCAAACAGAGAUUUAUAUCAAUCAUCUGAUGACUUGCUUGACUUAUGGCAACAGUUGCAUCAACCCUUUCCUGUACACCUUACUCACCAGAAACUACAAGGAGUAUCUCAGAAAUAGGCAGAGAGGUGCACUUGGAUCUCUAAGCCUUAAGGGUGGGAUGGCAUCUGCUGGGAACCAAGCGAAAAGGACAGCAUCUGGUGGGAGUCAGCAGUGCACAGAGACCUUUACAAUGAGCAAUGCAAAAGGUGCCUGUGAUUCGCUCAAGCUGUAAAAAUAAAGCAAGCAGCAAUAAAGAAUCUGAACAUUGGAACCCAACUUCAACUUUUGAUUCCAAGAUACUGCAUUCUGGCAGUUGGCUUCACUGCAGCAGCCCCAUUGUUUGGCAUGCAAAGGGCACAGCACACUCCUAAACUCAGUCUGAUGGAUACACUUGGAGAAUACGGAUCUUCCAUUACCCACAGUCAAGUGGGCUUCAGCUAGAGAAAUAUACACUACUGGGACUAAAACUGCUUCUCAGAACACUGUAAGCUCUGCAAGUAUUACUGAGAAGCCAAGGCAAUCUUCCUGUUCCCCAUUCUUAUUUUGUGACUUCCAAUGAUUGUUUAGUGAUAAAGUCCACAUGUAGGCUGCCAUUUUUAUUCCCUGGAAUAACUGAAUGACGAUGAAUGAUUCUGCCAUUGAUGUUCUUUAGCUUAGGCAUCACAAAUCAAUGCCCAAGCUAACAGCAAAUAGUAGAAAUACAUGUCUUCAGCAACUGAUCCAGCUUUCCAUAGCCCACCCAGAAGUUCUGCAACAUGCUGGCCUUCAUUUACAUGAGUUUGUCACUGCCUCCCCUCCCCCAGCCAAAAAAUAUCCAGAAUCAAUCAUCUGGUAUUGCCAGGGCAGUACUCUUUGUAUUUAAAAAAAAAAACAACCUAAAUCCCAGUUUUAAACCAAUGUAAAUAUAUUUAUCAUAUAUUAAAAAGCGCUAUAGCUCAGUGAGCAUUAAUUUAAGUAUAAAUAAAAUGUACAGUAAAUAACACAGCAUUAUAACAUCGCUAAAAGUGAUUUUUUUUUAUUCUAUAGUUUACAAUAUUGAAGGGGCAGUUCACCUCUAACUUUUUUAACAAUUAGAAAUUGGUCUUCCUUUUAUAUGUUUUUUUUUAAAUAUUUAGUAUAUUCUUUGUUCAGUGGCUCUCCAGUUUGGAACUUCAGAAGCUAUCUGGUCCAAUUUACGCUAGCAACCAGACAUGAGAGGGAUUUGCACGAAAGACUGGAAGAUGCAUAUGAAAAAGAAUAGUAGUUAAGCAAUAAAAUGUAAUAAUAAUAAAUUACAUUGCAGCCCCGCAGAGCAAUCGUUUAUUGACUGUUGGGGUCAGUGAAAGAUGGAAAAAAGCAGAUGAGGAAGGCUUCAACAAAUAAAUCAAAGACUAAAAAACAGAGAAAACAAAGGCCAAUGGAAAAGUUUCCAAGUUGUUAAAAGUUGACUUUAAAGGUAAACCAUCCUGUAAAACUUUAAAUUUUGUUCUAGGGUCUCAAAGCUCUUCAUCAAAAGUCUUGAAAGACUCCAACCAGAUGGAGCCUGUGAAUGGUUCUUGGUCCUUCACACCCACUGUCCUUCUAUACUGUACAGAAUGUUCCCCCUGACCAUAUAGUUACCCACUGCCUCAGUUCUUCUCAAAGGUCUACAAUGCUUCUCACCAUAACAAACAUCAGACAGCUGUAGAAUAUUUUUUUCAUGAGAUUAAAUGUUAUUUAACUACUUAAUGUUGCUUACUGCUUGCAUAAUAAUCACAAUAAUGAAAUAUUCAGCAGAGAAGCUAUAAGCAAGUCAUGAGCAUUGCUACCUCCUCAUACCCCAUUGCCCCACCCUGCACUUACUGCAGUUUCUAUAGCGAGAUUUGUUGGUGUUAGACCUCUUUUUAUUCAAAUGAUAGACUGCUUCAAGUAACUGACUCAUUAAUGAGUCAGGCAAGCAUGGAUAUAAAUGGUAAGGGGCUUGUAAGAUACCAAAGCAUUGCAUGUUAUUAUUUUGCCAAAGUAAAAUAGUUUGGAGAGAUAAUGCUUAGAACUGUAUAUGCUCCGAAAUAAAACCCACUGAAUUUA